AAAAAAAAAAGGAAUACUGUGCGCCUGCUGGUUCGCUUGAUACCCUUGUUUGUGUAAUUUGAAGAGAAGGAAAACGAAGGAAGGAGAAAGAGAGACGGAGAGAAAAUACUGGUUAGGGGGUUUGUGCAGGCGGAACAACCUCCCUUGUUUUUUUAUCUUGUUAUCGAACUUUAUUGAUCUAGAUCUCCCUUUCCAGAUCUCUCAUAUCUGCAACUCGUCAGCGAUCUCUCUUCGUUUAAUCGGCCGGCGACGGAUUUGCUACGACGUUUUCUGUUGUAUUAGGUUUAUACAUUUGAUUGUUAGAUUAAGAUGUCUGAGGAAGAGAAGUUGUUGAAGGAGGCGAAGAAGUUGCCAUGGGAAGAUCGGCUGGUGCACAAGAACUGGAAGGUGAGGAGCGAGGCCAACAUUGAUCUAGCUGCUCUUUGCGAUUCCAUAACGGAUCCCAAGGAUCCUCACCUACGUGAAUUUGGUCCUUUCUUUAGGAAGACUGUGGCAGAUUCAAAUGCAGCGGUGCAGGAGAAGGCACUCGAUGCAUUGAUUGCAUAUUUACGGGCAGCCGAUGCUGAUGCUGGGAGGUAUGCAAAGGAAAUAUGUGAUGCAAUUGUGUCAAAAUGCCUCACGGGUAGGCCCAAAACAGUGGCGAAGGCUCAGGCUAUUUUUAUGCUUUGGGUGGAACUGGAGGCUGUGGAUGUUUUCUUGGAUGCAAUGGAGAAAGCAAUAAAGAAUAAAGUUGCUAAAGCCGUUGUGCCUGCAAUUGAUGUCAUGUUUCAAGCCUUAAGUGAAUUUGGGGCAAAGAUUGUCCCACCGAAGAGGGUUUUGAAAAUGCUACCUGAACUUUUUGACCAUCAAGAUCAAAAUGUUCGUGCGUCCUCCAAAGGACUUACCCUUGAACUUUGUCGUUGGAUUGGGAAGGACCCUGUAAAAUCAAUAUUGUUCGAGAAGAUGCGAGAUACAAUGAAAAAAGAGUUGGAGGCUGAGCUAGUUAAUGUUACGGGGACAGCCAAGCCUUCUCGCAAAAUAAGAUCUGAACAAGACAAGGAGCCAGAACCGGAAGCUGUUUCUGAAGUCAUGGGUCCUGGUCAUUCUGAAGAAUCCGUGGAUGAUGUUCCUCAAGAAAUAGAUGAGUAUGAGCUUGUCGACCCGGUUGACAUAUUGGCUCCUUUGGAAAAGUCUGGAUUUUGGGAAGGAGUGAAAGCUACCAAAUGGUCAGAACGAAAAGAGGCUGUUGCGGAGCUUACCAAGCUUGCUUCGACAAAAAGGAUAGCACCUGGUGACUUCACAGAAGUUUGUCGAACUUUGAAGAAGCUUAUUACAGAUGUUAAUAUAGCCGUUGCAGUUGAAGCCAUUCAGGCUAUUGGCAAUCUUGCCAGUGGUCUAAGAACCAGUUUUUCUGGGAGUUCACGUUUCUUAUUGCCAGUUUUACUUGAAAAAUUGAAAGAGAAAAAACCUACUUUGUCUGAGUCACUUGCACAAACUCUCCAAGCAAUGCAUAGGGCUGGAUGCUUAAAUCUUGUUGAUAUUGUUGAAGAUAUUAGGACAGCAGUGAAAAACAAAGUCCCUCUUGUUCGAUCAUUAACUUUGAAUUGGGUUACAUCUUGUACUGAAACUAGCAACAAGGCUGUUGUUCUGAAAGCACACAAGGACUAUGUCUCUAUCUGUAUCGAGUGUCUCAAUGAUGGUACGCCAGAGGUGAGGGACGCUGCCUUUUCAGCCUUAGCGGCAAUAGCUAAGUCAGUUGGAAUGAGGCCUUUAGAAAGGUCACUGGAAAAACUUGAUGAUGUCAGAAGAAAGAAGCUUUCUGAGAUGAUAGCAGGUCCGAGUGCCAAUACAGCAACUGCUACUGUCCAAACUAUUGGUGGGAGCGUAUCCGCAAUCGAGCCUUCAGAAGGUUCAUUUGUGAGAAAAUCAGCAGCGAGCAUGCUUAGUGGGAAGAGACCUGCUUCUUCAGUCCCUGCAAACAAAAAGGUGGGUUCCUCAAAACAAGCUGGCUGCAAGAAGGGAGAUGGAGCUGGACGGUUAGAAAGUUCAAAAAUUGUUCAACAACCAGAGGACACUGAGCCAGGGGACAUGAGUCUUGAGGAGAUCGAAAGUAGAUUAGGUUCCCUUAUACAAGCUGAAACUGUUUCUCAAUUGAAGAGCUCUGUAUGGAAAGAGCGGCUUGAAGCGAUAUCUUCAUUUAAAGAACAAGUCGAGGGAUUACAUAACCUUGACCCAUCAGUGGAGAUUUUGAUCCGUUUGCUUUGUGCUGUUCCUGGUUGGACAGAGAAGAACGUUCAGGUUCAACAACAAGUCAUUGAAGUUAUCACAUAUGUAGCAUCUACGGCAUCAAAAUUUCCAAAGAAAUGCAUUGUACUUUGCCUUCUAGGUUUAAGUGAACGCGUUGCUGAUAUAAAAACCCGUGCUCUUGCCAUGAAAUGCCUCAGUACUUUCGCAGAAGCAGUUGAUCCAGGAUUCAUUUUUGAGAAACUCUGCAUGAUCAUGAAAGAUCACAAGAAUCCUAAGGUGCUAAGUGAAGGGAUAUUAUGGAUGGUUUCUGCAGUUGAGGACUUUGGUGUCUCGCAUUUGAAACUUAAGGAUUUGAUUGAUUUCUGUAAAGAUAUUGGACUGCAGUCAAGUGCAGCUGCUACUAGAAAUGCUACCAUUAAGCUCUUGGGUGCUUUACAUAAAUUUGUUGGACCAGAGAUCAAAGGAUUUCUUGCUGAUGUCAAACCUGCACUGCUCAGUGCGCUCGAGGCCGAGUAUGAGAAGAAUCCAUUUGAGGGUACUUCUGCAGUUCCAAAGAAAACUGUCAAGGCAUCAGAAUCAUUGUCAUCUAUGUCUGUUGGUGGACUUGAUGGCCUGCCACGUGAAGAUAUUAGUGGAAAGAUCACACCACUUCUGCUGAAGAGCUUGGAAAGUCCCGAUUGGAAGGUUCGUUUGGAGUCAAUCGAAGCUGUCAAUAAAAUUAUUGAAGAAGCUAAUAAGCGCAUCCAACCAAUUGGAACUGGGGAGUUAUUUGGUGCUCUUAGAGGACGUCUUUACGACAGUAACAAGAAUUUAAUCAUGGUAGCUUUGACUACGAUUGGGGUUAUGGCUUCUGCAAUGGGCACAGCUGUUGAGAAGUCGAGCAAGGGUAUUCUGUCAGAUAUUUUGAAAUGCCUUGGGGAUAAUAAGAAGCAUAUGAGGGAGUCUGCUUUGACUGCUUUAGAUGCUUGGGUUGCUGCCGUUCAUCUUGAUAAAAUGAUUCCUUACAUAUCAGCAGUUUUAAUGGACUCUAAGCUUGGUGCGGAAGGACGUAAGGAUCUUUUUGAUUGGUUAUCACGACAACUUUCAGGAUUAAGUGAACUUUCUGAUGCUGUACAUCUUCUGAGAUCAUCAAGCUCAGCCAUGCUGGAUAAAUCAGCAAAUGUUCGAAAAGCUGCAGAAACAUGCAUUAACGAAAUUUUGAGAGUUUCUGGACAAGAAUUAUUUGAAAGGAAUCUGAAAGACAUACAGGGCCCAGCUUUAUCUCUCAUCCUUGAACGACUGAAGCCUUAUGGAGCUUAUCAAGAAUCUUUUGAAUAUGCGAAAGCAGAUAUGAUGGGCCCAACAUCAAAAACAGGCUCAAAGGUUACAAAGUCCGCUUCUAAUGCUGCUUCAAAACCAACAAUUCGAGCUACAUCUUUGAGAGGCGUUCCUGCAAAGGGAUCAAGGCCAGAAACCAUCACGUCUGUUCACGAUAUAGCUGUCCAGUCACAGGCUCUGUUGAAUAUCAGGGAUUCGAACAAGGAUGAUCGAGAGAGAACGAUAGUUCGUAAGUUCAAGUUUGAAGAGCCACGGAUAGAACAGAUUCAAGAUCUUGAGAAUGAUAUGGCAAAGUAUUUUAGGGAAGAUUUGCAUAGGCGUCUUUCAAGUACAGAUUUUAAGAAGCAAGUUGAUGGUCUUGAGAUGCUACAAAAGGCACUUCCAUCAAUUGGGAAGGAAAUAAUUGAAGUUCUGGAUAUACUUUUGAGGUGGUUUGCAUUGCAGUUCUGUAAAUCCAAUACGACUUGCCUUUUGAAGGUCCUGGAAGUUCUGCCUGAAAUUUUUGACAUGCUGCGAGAUGAAGGCUACUUUUUAACAGAAGCAGAAGCAGCCGUGCUUCUUCCUUGCUUGAUUGAAAAGUUAGGACAUAACAUUGAAAAAGUUCGAGAAAAAAUGCGGGAACUUACCAAGCUAAUUGUUAAUUCAUAUACUGCCGCAAAAACUUUCCCUUAUAUUUUGGAGGGUCUGCGAUCCAAAAACAAUCGCACUCGGAUAGAAUGUGCCGAUCUUGUUGGAUUCUUAAUUGAUCAUCAUGGGCCUGAGAUUAGCGGACAAUUGAGGUCCUUGCAAGUUGUUGCAAGCUUGACAGCAGAGCGUGACGGUGAAAUUAGGAAAGCUGCUCUAAACACGCUAGCUACUGGUUACAAGAUUCUUGGUGACGACAUAUGGAGAUAUGUUGGAAAGCUAACAGAUGCUCAGAAAAGCAUGUUAGAUGAUAGAUUUAAGUGGAAGGUUCGAGAGAUGGAAAAGAAGAGAGAAGGAAAGCCUGGUGAAGCUAGAGCUGCUUUAAGGCGUUCUGUUCGAGAAAAUGGGUCUGAUGAACCAGAGCAAAGUGGGGAACUCUCACUGUCUGCUUCUGGCCAUAAUUUCACAGGGAAAAAUUAUGGUCAUUCUGAGCUUCAGAUGGAGAGACAUUUAAUUCCACAUACACUUGCCAGUUCCAAUGGGCCAACGGACUGGAACGAAGCUUUGGAUAUCAUUUCUUUUGGAUCUCCAGAACAGAGUGUUGAAGGAAUGAAAGUUGUGUGUCAUGAGUUGGGCCAGGCCACAAGUGAUCCAGAAGGCAGUGCAAUGGAUGAACUUGUGAAGGAUACAGAUAGACUUGUUUCAUGUUUAGCAAACAAGGUUGCCAAGACUUUUGAUUUCAGCCUAACUGGAGCAUCAUCAAGGUCUUGUAAAUAUGUGCUUAACACACUCAUGCAGACCUUUCAAAAUAAAAGACUUGCACAUGCCGUCAAAGAGACCACUAUUGACAGUCUCAUAACUGAACUUCUACUAUGGCUUUUGGACGAACGAGUACCUCACAUGGAUGAUGGAAGCCAGCUUCUAAAAGCUUUAAAUGUUUUGAUGCUCAAGAUUCUGGACAAUGCAGAUCGUACUUCCUCCUUUGUUGUCCUCAUUAAUCUACUACGUCCAUUGGAUCCCUCAAGAUGGCCUUUACCUGCAUCAAAUGAGACCCUUGCAGCCAGAAAUCAAAAGUUCUCUGAUCUGGUUGUCAAAUGCCUUAUCAAACUCACCAAGGUUCUUCAAAGUACUAUAUAUGAUGUUGAUCUUGAUCGCGUCCUUCAAAGCAUCCAUGUAUAUCUACAAGAAUUAGGAAUGGAAGAAAUCAGGAGAAGAGCUGGAGCGGAUGACAAACCACUGCGUAUGGUGAAGACUGUUCUACAUGAACUAGUUAAGCUCCGUGGAGCUGCAAUAAAGGGUCACCUUUCUAUGGUUCCAAUAGACAUGAAACCUCAGCCAAUUAUUCUUGCCUAUAUUGAUCUUAACCUCGAGACUUUAGCUGCUGCAAGGAUGUUGACUUCAUCAGGACCCGUGGGCCAAGCUCAUUGGGGUGAUUCAGCAGCCAACAACCCCUCAACAGCUACACAUUCUGCUGAAUCCCAAUUGAAGCAAGAACUCGCCGCCAUUUUUAAGAAAAUUGGUGACAAACAAACAUGUACCAUUGGUCUUUACGAACUAUAUCGCAUUACCCAACUAUAUCCGAAGGUUGAUAUAUUUUCACAGCUCCAAAAUGCUAGUGAGGCUUUUCGGACAUAUAUCCGGGAUGGUUUAGCCCAGAUGGAGAAGAAUGCUGCUGCUGGAAGGACACCUUCUAGUGUGCCCAUGUCAACCCCUCCCCCAUCUGCUCUUAAUGCUUCGUCCCCUGAUUUUGCACCACUCUCACCAGUACAGACAAAUUCCUUAAAUGAUGCAAAGCCCUUCAAUAUGAAGUCAGAACCAACAUACGCUGAAGAUAACCGAGCCAAUAAUGCGAUUGCAUCUAGAGGUAUUGACUUGGAAAAUUCAUUGGGUGACCAAAGAAAUGAGAAAUUUUUAAGUGGAGUAAGUAGUGGAACAUUAGAUGCAAUUAGAGAAAGGAUGAAGAGCAUGCAAUUAGUGGCUGCUGCUGGAAAUCUCGAUACUGGAAGCAGACCACUGAUGUCUGUGAAUGACAACGUAAAUUAUGGUCUCCCUAAUCAGACUGCUCGUGCAUUAGACCGUAUCAGUGUGGAGAGUCCUGUAGAAAGUGGGGUACUUCCGAUGGAUGAAAAAGCAUUAUCUGGGCUUCAAGCUCGAAUGGAGAGACUGAAAAGUGGAGCCUUUGAACAUCUGUAGAUUUGGUUCAUUCAUCUCUAGAGCAGCUACUAUAUUUCUACCCAGGAAUGCCAAAGUAAAUUGUUGUUGUUGCUGCUGGAAAGAUAGCACAAACACAUGGUAAAUUGCUGCAUAUAUACUACUCCCCGUUGAGGUAUGUAGAGUUUUGCCAUGCGCGGAGUGUUUAUGUAAUUCACCAAUGUUCAGUUGUUCUGAAUCUGUAUAUUUUUAUACAACCCGUCACUUUCAGAAUAUCAAGCUCAAUUGUCUUAGCAUACAGCUGAGGAAUCCCUUAAUAUGCUGGACAAGUUUUGUUUGAUUAGUAGAUGUCAGGUUUUCCAAGGAGGCAUUUGCUGAGUGAAGAGUUAUUUUGUACAAAUGUAGGUGCAAAUUACUGCCUGUAUUUAAGUUUUGGUGAGCAUAGGAUUUUACAAUAUCUUAUUUCUCUACAUUAGUUAGCAAUCAAGUACCAUUACAUUUUACGUUUA